CUGGCCCAGCUCUGUAUUGCUCUCAUUGAUCUUUCCAAAUUAACUUCCGGGCAGCAUGGUCCUCCUCCGUACCUCCUUCAGGCUCGUUACCCUCCUUGCCCUCCCUCUCGCUUCCUCACUCUUUAUUCCUCAGCAAACCCUGGCGGCGGAUUCUGAAACCGAUUCGCUCAACACCGACCCCACAUUUCACGACGAUGCCGACUUCAACGUAACCGACUACUACACAUCCUCCGACGAGUGGAACCCCACGAAAUGGGACUACGACGUUGUUAUUGUCGGCGGUGGUCCUGCCGGGCUCGCAGCAUCCAUGUCGCUCUCUCGCGUUGCGCGGACAUCGCUGCUCUAUGACUCGCAGGAGUAUCGGAAUGAGCAGACGCGGUAUAUGCAUGAUGUGCUUGGCCAGGACGGCCAAGUCCCUCUGAAAUUCCGCUCCGCCGUCCGCCAACAAAUCGAAGAGCACUACCCAAACUACUCCUUCUGGGCAACCCGCAAAACAAAAGUGACGGCAAUCGUCCCGCUGGCCAAGGGUUUCCGCGUCUACGACGACAGAAACGGAAUCGUAACCGCCAAGCGCGUCAUCCUUGCGACAGGAAUCACAGAUGUCCUGCCCAACAAGCAGGGGUUCGCUGAAGCCUUUGGCCGCGGCAUGUUUUGGUGUCCCUGGUGCGAUGGACACGACUACAAGGACCGGAAGAUGGUUGUUUAUGGGAAGUUGGCGAGCGCGAUUGGGACGGCGCUGAAUAUGCGCAAGCUCACGACGGAUAUCACCAUUGUCACUGGGGGACCCCUUACAAAAGAGGAUAAAGAUGCUGCGGAGGCGCGAUGGCCCGGUUGGGAAGCCGUUGUGAAGAACAACUACAAGAUCCCAAUCCGCGAGAACGACAUUGUGCGUGUUGAGCGGACAAACACCGGCAUGGAGCCGAGGGACGAUGAGUAUCGGGUUCAUUUUAAUGCGGGCGGGCCGCUGGUCACUAAUGGGAUUAUCAUCCAUGUUGGGACGAGGCAGACGUCGACGCUGCAUCAGCAGCUGCGGCUCGAGAUGGCAGGGAACUCGGUAAAGGUUAAGGAUAAUAUGGAGUCGAGUAUCGGUGGCCUGUACGUGGUUGGAGAUGCGAAUAGUGAUGGGAGCACGAAUGCGUACCAUGCGAUGUGGAGUGCGAAGAGGGCUGCUGUUACUGCUCAUGUGUCCAUGUCCAAGCAGGAAUACCUUGAUGAAGUACCCGCGGCCAUGGUCGCCGCUGCUGGGGGCGAUGAGGAAUUCUACCGCGAUCAGAUUGAGGCACUCGAGUUCCAGCUUGGGGAUGACAUCGAGCACAUGUAUAAAGCGCUCGGUGGAUAGAGUGGGAAGCAAGGCAAGCUUAGUAGCGAACUAGUACUUGCGCUUUUCACCAUGCCUCCAACAAGAAUGACAUAUCCGAGCACUUUAGAUGCACCCUACUCGGAGGAGAGGAUGUUAGAGCUGGAACUACGUCUAUCUACCCAGUAGUUGUUUUUCGACCCCGCUGCCACUCUACGGGGUACUUCAGAGUGCCUUUCUCUGGUUCAUGUAACUUGCGUAAAGCUUCUUCUACACCUGGACUUUUGGACUCCCUUGAUGAAUUUAUCAUAUACAUCAUCGACUACUGACAUAAAUCUUACCAACAAGUAGCUCGGAGCAAAAGCUGUGGCGGACUACAAUCUAGCCCACCAGUAAAAUAGAUCUAGGCCCUUGCUCAAGAUGGUCUAUGUAGU